AUGACCCAGACGGUCAACGAAAGGGAGGAUCCCCUUAAUCUGGGCAGCGGCGGCGGUUGGGCAUCUUCUAUCCCAUUGCGCAACUGGUCCUCUUACCAUCGAAGGCAGAGGGGUGCACCAAUGUCCAAGCAGCGGUACCGUGAUGGCCCCAAAGCUGAGUAUGAGGCUCCCAGGAAACAACCCAAGCAGCAGCGCAUCCCUGACCCUUGGUUCCAUCCACCCAGUCGGCCCUAUUGGGCCCUGUACUCCAACUGGGAGCGAUAUGGAGGGCCCUGGCGCCCACCCCUCAUAGCAUUCCAGAGUCCCCUGUGUCCAGCGCAGAUGAUCCGGGCAUAUGGUCUGCACCCGCUCUGUCUUUGUUGCUGCUCCUGCUGGAGCGGGCACUGGAAUCCCGGAUGGGAGAGACCUCCGGUUAGAAAGAAACGAUGGGGCCGCAGGGGUCGUGGCUUGCGCCGCCAACCUCGUCGCUCCUUCCGGAGGAACCCACCAAUAGACAUGAGCAAGCUGCUGCGCCCUGUCAACCUGUGUGGGUGGCGGGCUCCUGGGAUGAGAGCACCACGGAACACCACCCAGUUCAUCAUGAACCAGGUCUAUGAAGACAUGAGGCAGCAAGAAAAGUUGGAGCGUCAGCAAGCGGAUUUGAGGGCACAGCAAGCCCAGGCUGGUGGCAUCUCCCUGGGAGGCUCCACGACCAAUGAUGCGCCCCACAGGGGCGUCGAAGAAGACCCGCAGUUGCCGGAAGAUCUGUAUGGCUUCAUGCAGGAUACAUCUCUAACCUUUAGUCCUGCUCAAGUGCAGCAAAACCAGUCUCCCCCUCCAGGACUGGUAGAGGAAGAGGAGAAAAAUGAUGAGUGUGAAGAGGAGGCUUGUGAUGAAAAGGAGGAGAGCGAGGAGGAGGAGGACAGAGAGAUGGAGGAAGAUGUGGAUCAGGAGGAGGUUGAAGAUAAUGACAAUGGGGAGGAAGGGGAAGAGGACCAAGAAGAGGAUGUGUUGGAAGAGGCAGCGCUGGAGGAGGGAGAACAGAAAGAGGAAGACAAAUUCUUGCCUCUGGGAAUGCCUUUGUCCAUCUUAGUAGGGGAUGAAGAAGAGAGAGACAACUUUAUAAACUAUGAUUACUUAAGCCAAGAACAAAUCAUUCCCAAUGUGCCAGAGGCAGGUCUGUUUAUGGUCCCGGACGGACAUUAG